GCAACUGCAGCUGUAAAGCAGCAAACAGAUGCCAUAUCUCGAAAUAGAAGUUAUGUUAAGAAACUUUUCAAAACAGUUUUCUUUAUGGCCAAAAAGAAAUGGGCCCAAAUGAACAUGGCAGACUUGGUAAGAUUCAUGGGGGAUGUUUGUGACCCAGAAAUAAAAGACAUUGCUUCGGAGUCUGUCAAUUAUCUGUCCAGUACAUCAGUCACCGAGUUAAUAAACACACUAAGUGAAUUUAUGGAGAGAAAGGUUUUGGAAGAACUAAGGAAGGAAACGUUUACACGUUGGCUGAUGAAAGUACUGAUUCCUGCAACAGAACCCAAUUUUCAUUGUUUGUCAGGUGGGUCAGUGCAAAGGGUCCCGUGGAGCACUACUUAGGCCUUAUAAACAUGGAUAAAGUAACCAGUUUAGCUCUUUUGACAGCUAUUGAAACAUUCUUCAGAGGUAAACAUCUACAGUUAGAGAAAGUAAGAUUCGUUGGACUGGAUGGUUGUAACACCAUGAGCGGUGAAAAUAAAGGUCUACAAAGAAGAAUUCGACAUGAGAGUCCCCUUUCCAUUUAUGUGAACUGCCGUAACCAUCGCCUAGCUUUGUGCUUCGUACAUCUGCUUAAGGAAAGUGAUCUUUUGAAGGAAGUUGAUGGUUUACUGAUUUCCAUAUGGAAACUGUUUCAAUAUUCUCCGAAGAAAGCAGCUGUCUUCCAGCAUAUGCAGGAGGUUUAUGGAGAAAGGCCAAUCAAGUUUGUCAGAGCUGCAACAACAAGGUGGUUGUCACAUCUUCGGGCAUGUGUUAGGUUCAUUAGUAGAUAUGAACAGCUGUUGGACACAUUUGACGCUCUCAUAGAAGACUCCAGACAACCCGAAGUUCAGGGGAUCAGAUAUUCAGCCACAAAUAGAGGCGUCAUUGCCAUGAUUCUUGUACUUGCUGAUGUGUUAAAGCCUGUGAACUAUCUGUCCCUUUACCUACAGCAAGACUGUGGCACAUUCACGGAGUUACCAGCUAGAGAAAAGAAGUGCACAGAUGAUCUGCAUGACAUAGUUCAUAACUACCAGAACAUGACUCUGUUGGGACUAGAAUUCGGUAAGUGUGAGGAGAUGUUCGACAUCAUUACAGAUAGGACUACUCUAGCUAGACGUGUGAGGGCUGGGGUCCAGAUGGAAGCAAUCAACCCAGAAGGAUUUUUGAGACUGUAUGGUGUGCCUUUGGUACUAGCUCUAGUAAAUGAGGUAGAGGAUGCCUUCAGCAACCACUCAGCCGUGCUAUCUGCCUUUAGUUUCCUGGAUCCAAGUCACCUGCCAGAAGAGGCAAAGGAUGUACAUGAUUAUGGAAAGGAUCAUGCAAAUGUAUUGUCAUCCUUCUAUGGGUCAGAGAAGGUGGAUAUCUAUGAAGGACACAGAGAGAUAGUCCCCCCUGAGCUAGGGGAUCAGAAAUUAAUUGAGAAUGAGCUUUUGACUUUCAGAAAUCAACUCUUUAUGAUGAAAAGGAAAGGCUGUGACACCCUGGGGAAGGUGUAUAUGCAUAUUGCCCAAGAUGACAUCAUGCAGGAAUCGUAUCCAACUGUACUCCAGCUUUACAAACUUGCCCUGUUGGUGCCACAAUCAACAGCAGUUGUAGAGAGAGGAUUCAGUGCCAUGAACGACAUGUGUACGGACUUAAGGUCACUAGGCCAGCAGACCCUGGAUUCACUUAUGAGAAUCAACCUCUACCAGGAGGAGCUGUUAGAAGAAGACUUGGAAUUAGUUGUUGAUCUGUUUAAGAACAAAAAGGAAAGAGAUAUGCCUCUGUAG